AUGAUCUUUCAGACGAUCAGCUGGGUGGAUAGCACCAAAGAGAUCGUCAGCAUCCGACUACCAAAUGUGACCGCUGGGUCAAGCAGCUCUCCUGGUGGCGCCGUCGAAACUACCAGAUUGCACCUCUUCGCGAUAUCACUCGUCCCGGCCAUGGGCUCGGACAUCAGCUUAGACAUCCAGCAUGCUCGAUCGACCAACAUGUGGAUGGAGGGCACAAACAAGACUCAGAUCUAUACCAUCAAAGUGAACAACGUCGGUGACGAAUGGAUUCUUGCCAACAACAGCGUGAAAGUCACUGUGGAAGCAUCCGGUGUGGAGACAGUUGUUCCUGGCGUUAUCAAUCGUUUACGACCAGGAGAUCAGGCUGCUGUUCAUGUCGGUGUUGUCAACAAGGAAGGAGUCGCGCCUGGAUCCACGGGCGAAGCUACAGUUAUCGUGACUGGGAAUGGUGUGAACACGAGCUCCACCUUCAAUGCGACGUUUGGCAUCGCACCUUAUGAGGCGACAUAUGAGUCCAUAUACUCACACGAUAGCCCAUCUUGGUUCAACGACGGGAAGUUCGGCAUCUUCAUUCACUGGGGCGUAUAUGCAGUCCCAGGAUGGGGAAACGUAGGCGACAAUGAACAGUAUGCCGAAUGGUAUUGGUGGUACAUGAACCAGGGACCAAACAACACCAAAGGAAACUUCUACGAGUACCACUUGGAAAAGUAUGGUCCAGACGUUGUCUACGAUGAUUUCAUUCAGAACUUCACCGCCGAUGCGUACGAUCCGAAGGAAUGGGUGGAUCUCUUUGCCGACGCGGGUGCGCAAUACUUCGUACAAGUGAGCAAGCACCAUGAAGGAUACGCCAUCUUUGACAUUCCGGCCAAUAUUACUCAACGAACCAGUGUCGCACUACCACCACACAAGAAUUUGUUGCAGAUGCUGUUCGAUGCAGCGGACGCACAUCAGCCUCACUUGCACAAAGCUACAUAUUUCUCUACACCGGAAUGGUUUCACCCAGAUUAUCAGAAGUACGGCUUCGGUGACUGGCCUGGGGGCAACGCCACAAACCCAUAUACUAAUGAGACACUGCCAUACACUGGCUAUGUGCCAAUCGAUGAUUACGUUGCCGACCUCAUGGUCCCCGAGAUGCAGAUCCUGGCAGACAUGGGCACCGAAAUCAUGUGGUGUGAUAUUGGAGGACCCAACAUGACCGCAGAGUGGGCAGCCAAGUACUUCAACGACGCUGCUGCGAAAGGGAAACAAGUCUCCAUCAAUGCUCGUUGCGGUCUUCCAGGAGACUUCGAUACGCCUGAAUAUGCCAAAUACGAGGCCGUGCAGAUGAGGAAGUGGGAGAGCAAUCUAGGCAUGGACCCGUUCUCCUAUGGCUACAACCGAGCUACGCCACCUGAGGCAUAUAUCACGCCGCAGGACAUCGUCACCUCUCUGGUCGACAUUGUGAGCAAGAACGGCAACUUUCUUCUCGACGUGGGACCAACCGCCAAUGGCACUAUCGUCCAAAUCGAACAGGACAACCUUCGUGCUGCGGGAGCAUGGAUCAAGAGCCAUGGAGAAGCUAUCUUCAACACAACAUACUGGUUUAUCACGCCACAAGAAGGUGAAGCUGUACGCUUCACGCAGACUGAUGAAUCCUUUUAUAUUCUGACCCUCGAUCCCCCCAACGCGACGCUGGUGCUCGACAGUCCCGUACCGUAUGUACCAGGCGAUGAAGUCACAGUUGUUGGUGGUAAUAUGAGUGGCACUGUCGUUCCAUCGAAACUGCUUAGCAAUGGAAGUCUGGAAUUGACGAUCAGUGAGCAAGUCAGAGCAGCAGACCAGUACAGUUGGGUCUUCAUGAUCGCGAAGGAUGUUCUUGACGGGACCACAUAUGGCAACGAUUCGACGAAGCCAGCGCAAAAGAUGUCCAAUAGUGCGAGUCGUGAUGCAUCGGUCAUGGUGUAUGGGACUGCGCUCGUGCUGCUGGCUACUCUCUUUGGCAUGUUGUAG